AUGGCAAAGCCUGGUAAAUGCGAACAUACUUUCAAGAUGAUCAAGUCGGACACGACAUUGAUUCUAUGGAAUUGCAACAUGUGCCACUCAGGCCCUCACUGGUUUAUCUAUGAGUGCGCAAAGUGCAAGCUGAAGACUUGCCGGCCAUGCACGCAAAAGGCGUCUUAG